AUGAACGACGCCAUAGAUUCCAGGCUGGAGGCGCUCGCGUUCCAGUACGUGAGCUUCGGGCUCUUCACGGUGGUCAACAACCUCUGGACGCUGGUCGCCGUCGUGACCGCCGCCGUCAGCGUGCUCGGCAUCCGCGCCGCCGCCGGCUCCUCCGCUGUCCGCCGCCGCCGCCAGCCCGGGCCCGCCGCGCCCCGCGUCGACGUGGGGGGCGCGGUCGGUGGGCCGAUCCCGGAGGAGGAGCUGCGGCCGGCCGAUGCCGCCGCCGCCGAUGAUCGUUCGAGCGCGGCCUCGACGUCGGGCGGCGACUACUGUCUCCGGAGCGAGAUGGGCGACGGAGUGACGAAGGGGAGGAGGAAGUUCACGGCCUACUACAAGGACGACGGCGAGUGCGAGUACGUGUGCGAUUCGUCCGCGGCGGAGGCAGAGGAGGAGGAGGGGGACGCCGGGGAGGGCGGGUCUUGCGGGGGAGGAGAGUGGUGGGAGAGCUGGGAGAGAGUGUUGAAGGCGAGGAGCGGGGAGACGUGGUGGUACAGGUGUCAGGACGCGGGGGCGCUGGACGGGGCCGUCGUGAGGCUGUGGGACGACAGCCGAUGCGGCGGCGGCGGCGCAGGGAGGAGGAGGAGGGGCAGCUCAGGCGGUGCCGCCGUGUGGUGGUAG